UUUCCUCUAAAUAAUUUACAAAAUCCCCCACCUGAACUAACACGUAAAAUUAUGCUUAAUAUCCUCCUUAUCUUCUUCUCCCUACAAUUCGCUUUAAUCGCUUCCUUCGAAUCUUCUGAGAUACUAAACAUAAUAGGUAACGUGUUUGACGGCAAAUUAAACGAGGAAGAAGUUAAGAAACUCGCUGAAGAAAUUUCUUUAAUAAAAGAGGUUUAUGAUGUUGAGAUAAAUGAAGAACAAAUUAGGAAGAUCGCUGGAGAUAUUGCACAAAUUAAUGAGCAAAAUGGGGGAUAUUGGAAAGCAAAAGUAAAUUAUUACUCCCUUUUACCGGAAAAUGAGCAAAAGAGAAUUUGUGGAGUACAAAAUAGUGGAAGAGGCAAAAAUGGGGGCGGAAAACCGGAAUUUCCUAUACUCGAAAAGUUGGCUAACAACGAUGAUUGUGAAACUGAAAUUGAAUUCGAUGCUCGAGAACAAUGGCCAGAUUGCUACUCCUUCAUCAACUAUAUUCAAAAUCAGGGUAGAUGUGGCAGCUGUUGGGCUGUGUCGACAGCUUCUGCUUACACUGAUCGUAGUUGUAUUCAACGUUUAAUAAAUGGGUUGAGUACGUCCAUUGAUGAUCCUUCCCUCCAUUUUUCUUCAACUGACGUGAUGAGCUGUUCGAUUGAUUAUGAUGGUUGUGAAGGUGGAUGGCCUUCUAAAGCAUGGCAAUGGAUACAGAGCAAUGGAGUGUGUACAGGGACAGAUCAUGUUUGGAACAAUGGAUGCAAGCCUUAUCCUUACGAACCAAAAGGAAAAGCUGAACAAGUAAAGUGCGAAGCAGAAUGUAAAAACACAGAUUGGACUACCGAAUAUUCGGAUGACAAGCAUUUUGUUAACUCCGUUGCUUUUCUAAACGAAAAUAACUCUACAGAACAAGCUAUAAUAGAGGAACUUCAAACCAAUGGUCCUCUAGUAGCUGCAUUUAUGGUCUACAAAGACUUUUUCUCAUACAAAACAGGAGUCUAUUUUAAAACACCAAACGCUACAGAAGUAGGAGGGCAUGCAGUUGUUGUUAUUGGACAUGGAAAACAAACCUGCAAUGGAAAGGAAAUGCCUUUUUGGCUUGUAAAAAAUUCUUGGGGAACCGAUUGGGGCGAUGAAGGCCUUUUCAAAAUUCGUCGUGGGGUGAAUGAAUGUGGAUUUGAAAAAGAUGAAAUUUCUUAUGGAAUUCCAACUGUAUAAUUGUGUGAUUUAAUUUUGGUGUUGUUUUAUUUAUAAAAAUGGCUUUGAAAUUUGAAUAAAUCAGUUGUAGUUGAUCUCUGAUUUUGGAAAUUUUAUUUUAAAUUUUUGCAGUAUUCAAUCAGCUAAGAAGAGUAAGAAUGUAGGCAUAUAGGUGGCGAGCAAAGGUAUUCGGUGGAAUUGAUUGAAUCGCUGCCGAGUAGUAGGGGUGAAUGAUUGUUGAGAUAUUUCUUUUCUGCCUGGCAAGCGCAUUGAGUACUUGUGUCAUUCCAUAAUUAAGUGUUGCCGUAGGAAACAUGAAUGUCGGUAUAAG